AUGCGCAACACACUCGAACGACUUCAUCGUUUUCCCAGCCACAUCGAUCUGCUGGAGCUCCUGGUCCAGUCGUCCACCCAAGCUCGCAGAAGAUCCCUCAAGGUCCGCGUCCUCAUCAAUGGUGAAGCCUUGCCCGGAAUUGCGAGGAGGCGACACACCUUCAUCUUCUCCACGUUGAAGCAGCUUGCUGGCGCUGGAGUUCAGGCAUCGAAGACGAAGAAGCUCCAGGAGCUGGAACUUCACCCGGCAUGUCAAGGCCCGGAGAGCUGCGCCACGUACGUUUGGUGGAUGGCAUCUCCAAGGCCCCAGCUCCCACAGUCCGGCGCCAUCAAAGUCAAGGAUCUUAAGCUUUUGGAGUUUCUGUUCAGCCUCUUCAGCCAGCGAGACAUUUUCUGGGACAGGGUCGUUGAAGAGAGAGGCACCUCUCGGCGGAGGAGUGCGCAAACUGACAUCGGAUGCGCUGCGAGGCCUUCUUCACCAUCACCUUCCAAUCCUGAAGAGGAGGCCUUCACUGCGCCAAUCCACAGCGCACACACCACACACUGUGAUGAUCAGCUUUGCCCCACAGCUGUUAAACCCCAACAGCUGCUGAUACGGGCAGAGAUUUCUUGA